GCAAAUACGUGUAUAAGAUAAAAUCUUGCCCAAAUGUUUACGGGUAUUAUUCGGAUCGGUACACUUACAACUAGGAAGUCAAUAGAACCUGUAUUUAAUAAAAGUUUUCUUUCACAUUUGAGUUUUGACACGGGAUUUUUAAGUUUAAAGGAAGGAAAAUGGCUUCAUCACUAUCAUCCACUCUUGAAUUCGGAUCGGAAGAAGAUACUCAACUGUUUUGUCAACCUUGUGAUAGAACCGGUCGAAGACUUUACCCUAGUGGCUUUUGUACAACAUGUAAAGAAUAUCUUUGUCAAGCCUGCAUUAGCAACCACAAAACGUCCAAAUCUUUUAGACAACAUGGUCUUCUUAACAGCGAUAAAAUGCCUAGGUCCACACUAACCGCCCGGUCGUACUCCGACUCUGACGCGUUUGAUGAGCUAGAUUUACACUGUGAAAAACAUUCUGAUCAAUUAUCUAGUUUCUAUUGUCGAUAUCACGAGGCUUUGAUUUGCAACACAUGUAAAAAUUUAGACCACAGCAGAAAAAAUUGUUCCGUUAUUUACAUACCAGAUCAGUCUGAUCAAACUCUUGAUGGACCGGAAUAUGAUGAAACUAUAAGAUUUUUAGAAGCAUUUAUAAAAAAAAGUGAACAGGAAAGAGGAAAGUAUAAAGCAUUGACAGAAAAGUCGAACGCCUCUUUAGAAGAAUCAGUUGAAGUAAUGAAAAACUUUAGGAGAGAUUUAGAUAAACAAAUGGAUGAUCUAGAAAAGGCAUUUACAGAUGAAGUUAGAAAAGUCUCGCAAAAUACUUAUAUGAAUAUGAGAGAGAUAGAUUCAACGUGUAAUAACGUGAUAAAAUCUACUAAAAAUUUAUUAAAAGAUGUAAAGGAGCUGAACGAAACGAAACAGGGAAAUAAACUCUUUAAGGAAUUGAUAUUAGCUCGGCAAACGAUAAAAACGAAUGUAAAUUUUUUAGAAAGUAAGCUGAAAGGUACGGAUUUAUCAACUUUUGCAUUUGAGCCGAAUAAAGCCCUUGAGCGUAUUGUUCUGCAGGAAAAGUCGAUUGGGAAGCUUGUUGUUAAACUAGAACACUCGGUAAAUCCAACAAACAUUUGUGCCAAGGCGCCAGAUGAGAGUAACAAAUGUUGGAUAACAGGAAUGGCUUUGCUUUCUUCAAAUGUUCUAAUUUUGACAGAUUUUCUUAACAAAUCGGUUAAGUUGGUAAACGUGAACAAUAAAAUGGUCAUUUGUCAGAUUAGUGUUGUUUGUCCGCCGUGUGACGUGACAAAAGUUGCAUGUGACGAGGUCGCUGUUUCAGUCCCAGAAGACGAAAACAUUAUUCUUAUAAAAGUUAUUUUUGAAAAGCUUGUGAUAAAGCAGCGUUUAAAGGUCAAAGGUAAUUUUUGUAGAAUCAGCUAUUGUUCUGGUAAAGGUUUUGUUGUAACCUUUGACAGCCCGGCAAAACUUGCGAUUUUGGACACCAAAGGAAUUCAGAAGUUGACAGUAACAAAAGAUGAAAAGGGAAAAGAUAUAUUUGCCGGUCCAGAUUACGUCACGACCAAUAAUGAAUACAUUUUUGUAUCCGAUAGAGUCAGGCAGGCGGUAAUUCGGUUAUCUUGGAAAGGGGAGGUAACUGGCAUCUUUUUUUCAGGAGAGUUACAGUGUCCACAAGGGCUGGCGCUUUCAGAUGAUGGGACAGUGUUUGUUUGCGAAAACAGUUCAAACAAGUUACUCGCGGUUUCGCCAGACUUGAAGAAAACUUCCAAUGUGAUAUCGGUCGUAAAGAGACCAUGUGCCGUAUGUUUUUGUGACAAAACCAAACGUUUGUUCGUCAGUGCCAUGACUCAAAAAGCUCACGACAACUACGUGCACAUUUUCAGUCCCAACUUGCACUUUUAGUUAAAAAUAAUUAGAUCUUUAUGACAGGUUUCGAGGAAUUUUUGUUUUGAGUUGAACGUAAAAGGUGUGGAAAUUGUAUCUUAAGUUUGUCAUUGUAAGUGAUUUCAUUUCAUUCUGAAAGUGACAUUACGCCCAUCCAAGGGUAUAUAGCGAGUGAAAAGGUGAAUGUCAAAAUAAGUUUACAUUUUGCCAUAAAUGACAAUACGCCAGAGAAGAGAUUGUUCCGCCCACUGAUUCACGUGACCCAGUCACUCAGAACCUUAGACAAUUUUUACCGAAGACGUUACCGAAGUUUACGCGAAACUGUUAUGCCACUAAAGUUAAUGCUUUUUAUUGAAUAUUUCAAUGUGUUAUGGAAUUUAAAAAAGUAACAAAUAACUGCCUUCAUGCAUUAAUGAAUAAAACGUUUGGCAAAGCUCGUUGACUUCAAGGAAGAUGUUACUGACAAAAUAUCAUUUUAGUUUACAAAAUCAAAGAUAGUUAAAAUUGAAGAACAUAAUUAUAAACAGUAAAAUUAUAUCGAUGAAACAGUAACAUUUACAAAUGUUUUAGGGUUUUAUGUGCGAAAUCACUUAUACAUAAUGCAUUUGUGCAUAAAUCGUUAAAAUUGAAUGAGAAAAAUUGCCCUUGCGUUACUUUGAUGUAUGAUAUAUAAUUAUAUGUAUAUUUGUACAUUAAAUAUGUUUUGUGAUAAAACGCAAUAUUAUUCUUCGCAUACACCAAACCUCGGCUUUAAAUUAAAACUGUGAUCUGAUCAGAUAUGAUGUUCUUGAAGCAGAUGUAUUUAAAUAUAUAGUCUUAAUUCAUUGAGCUUUAAUAGAAAUAUUUGAGUAGGAUAAUUUCACCUGCACAUUCUCUCAUUUUAUUUGCAAGUAAUUUUUUUCUACUGCAGCAUUUUAUUGACACUAUGUUAUAAACGAACAAAAAAUGUCAUUCUGGGUCCUUAUAAUAUAGUAUGUGAUUAUGAAAAGACAUAAUUGUAAUGAAAGAAGCUAGGACAGAGUAUUUGUUUAUUCUUUUUCCUUUUUAAUGCAUUAAUUGUGGUAUAGCCAGGUAUACUAUAAGUAUAUAACUUAUUAUCUUCAUAUAUACAUAGUUACUGAUAAAUAAUUAUAUAUUUGUAAAACGUACUUACUGACUACAUCUGUCAAUAUGUCAGAAUAUUUGUAACUUAGAUAAACCGAUUUAAUAGCUUUAAAUUGACAAAAAAUCAAAAUAAUUUCAAUAAAAAUACUGCUGCA